AUGGCUCGUACCAAGCAAACCGCCAGGAAAUCCACCGGAGGUAAAGCUCCCAGGAAGCAACUUGCCACCAAGGCGGCGAGGAAAUCUGCGCCGACCACCGGAGGAGUGAAGAAGCCACAUCGUUACCGUCCAGGAACCGUCGCUCUUCGUGAGAUUAGGAAAUACCAGAAGAGCACUGAGUUGUUGAUCCGUAAACUUCCAUUCCAGCGUCUUGUUCGUGAAAUUGCCCAGGACUUCAAGACGGAUCUGAGGUUUCAGAGUCACGCGGUGUUAGCACUUCAGGAGGCGGCUGAGGCGUAUCUCGUGGGUCUGUUCGAGGAUACCAAUCUCUGUGCGAUUCACGCUAAAAGGGUUACAAUCAUGCCCAAGGACAUUCAACUGGCAAGGAGGAUUCGUGGAGAGCGUGCUUAA